AUGGUCGAGCAGUUGAGGUGCGUAGAGAAGAGUACCAGAGGCAGAGAUUUGAGUCCAGUCACUGAUAAGUUGUGGCGGAAUUUCUAUGUGGAGGAGUUCGGUGCUUCGAGGGCUGAUCAGGCGGUCGAAAACACCAAGAAGUCGAAUGCCGCAUUCAAAUGGAAAGAGCUCUACGAGACAAAGCUGGAGGAGGUCAACAAGAAAGAAAAGAAGGCAGCUGAGAGGUUGAAGAGUCGGUAUCAAAUGGAAGCUGCUCGGAAACAAAGCCGGCGAGUUGUUUGCACAGAGGCAGAGGAAGGGAGAGAACGGGACUACCAGUCCGCUCGCUCUGGAGGGUUCUCGCUAAGACCUUCUAGCGAAGGUUUUAUCGACCCAAGUCCCUGUUAA